AUGGCACCUCCUACUGGUCCUCGCGCCGGAACUGGAAGGGCUCCUCCUCGUGGACCCCGAGCAACAGGCGGCGGUGGCGGAAUCCAGAAGCGUCGCGCAAACCCGAGGACGGACCGAGAUGGAGAUGUGUCAAUGGAUGCUCCGGCUGGUGGCUCUGGCAGGGGUGGGUUGGCUUCCGGCGGUCGAGGACGUGGCUCCAAAGAUGCUCGAGGUGGAAGAGGUGCGGUGAACUCCCGGACAGCAUCCCGGGUCGUGCAGAACCUACAGAACUACGUCAGCGGAGGUCCCGUCGGCAAAACACAGUCCAAUAUGGCCACACUGAAGAUUCACGGUAUGAGCAAUAGCAAAGCUACCGGUAAUCGCGACGGAGGGCUUCGGUCCCUUCUCACCUUUCUGGAACGGAAGGCUUCCAAAGACAAAGCAGUUACAAUCGGCAAGAGUAUUAUGGACGGUGAUUAUGUUUGGAUCACGGUCAGAAAAGAUGAUGCCCCGGAGAUCUUGAGGCUCAAUGGAUUCACCUAUGCCGGUGCACCCCUGACGAUUACGGAAACCACCGAGAGGAUGCCUCGCCCCGAAGACAAGAUUUCCAAGGCUGCUGAGGAGACCAAACAAAAAUUGACAGCAGUGCUAGCUGCGCGCUACAAUCCAGAGUUGAAGCUGCUUGACUUAUCUUCUCUUGGAACCGAUCCCAUCCUCAGCAGCAUGGGCACCUUUGAUUCCAAGGAUCGGGCCGAAAAGGCCUUCAAGGUCUUGGUAGUUAUUGCUAGUCAGCAGUACAAGACCGCUGCCGAAAAGCGUGAAGGGAUACAGGCCAUUUCCCUUGCCAGCAACGGCCUUAACGACGUCAUGCAGGUUUUCACGCUUGCUACGUCACUUCCAGAUAUCAAGAGACUUGACCUGAGCAGCAACAACCUCGACAGUUUGUCCAAGAUCUCCAAGUGGCAGCACCGCUUCCAGUACCUCGAAGAGCUUCAUCUCACGGGCAACCCCAUCACCACCCAGCCCGACUUCGUGGCAGAACUCAUUAAAUGGUUCCCAUCGCUACAGAACAUCAACGGACAAAUUGUUCGCAGCCCACAAGAGGUUGCUGAGGCCCUCAAGGGCAUGCACCCCACGCCACUACCGCAGUUCCCCUCCAACCUACGGGACGGAGAGGCCAAUGUGGCGAGCAUCUUUGUCCAAGUUUUCUUCCCCAUGUUCGACACCGACAGAGCUCGCCUCGCCGCUGAGUUCUACGACGACGACUCGUGGUUUUCGAUUCAAGCUAUUGCCAAUUCUGGUCGUAAUCUUCCUUGGAAAACUUACCUCAAAUACUCCCGGAACGUUCACAAAUUGGGAGAGAAAAAUCCAGCGACGGUACAACGUCUCUUCACUGGAGGAAAUCUCAUUGCGGACAUGUGGAAGGCUCUCCCCAGUACUCGGCAUCCAAGCAUGGAGAACCCUGGUGCCUGGCUCAUCGACUGCCACACCUUCCCCAACCUCGCGGACCCCACCGGCCAUGGCUUCGCUACGGGAUUGCUCAUCACCGUCAAUGGCCAGUUUGAAGAGUCCGAUACUACCGAAAACCUCUACGGAAAGCGCACCUUCACGCGCACGUUCAUUCUUGGACCCAGCAAGCCGAGCAACCCGCCGCCGGUGCACCCAUACCGGGUUAUUAGCGAUCAACUCACCCUUCAUGACUGGACACCCGCGGAGACACCUGCUGGUCAGGCCCCUGUCGCCAACCAGGUCCCGCAGGUUCCGGUUACCAACGCUGUGCCUCCAGCAGAACCUGUCAUUUUGGAUGACGCCACGAAGAACCAGCUGAUUCAGGAGGUAAUGAAGCGGACUGGCAUGACAGCUGAAUAUUCAGAGUUAUGUCUCAGUGGCACUGCCAACUGGAACUUUGAGAUGGCACUCAAGUCAUUCGAGGAGCAGAGGGCGAACUUGCCGCCCACGGCCUUUAUCAACGCUGUCUAG